AUGGACGUAAGUAACGUAGCUGCUCAAGUAGUAGAACCUGUAAAUAUAGUUGAUGAUUCUGUUGAAGUAGUUGUCCCUGUAAAUGUAUUAGAUAAACACGAAAAUUAUGUUAAGAAAUUCAGAAUUCAUGGUAUUAACACUGUUUUCAAGUUUUCUAACCCCCCGCCUGAAACUAGUGAGAUUGACUGGCUAAGACAAGGGUUUGGUCAAAUUGUAAAUGAAAUGAAAGAAGUUUGUCAGGAGGGCGAUCAAUUAGGUUUCACUUUGCGUUCCCUUAACCUGAAAAGGGAAGAGUCGGGGUUUGUCACUUUUCGCCCUGCAAAUGAAGUUAACGAGGAUGUCUUGUGGCAAAUAUUUGGGGGAAUUGUUCAAUCAAAUGCUGAAUCGAUCAAGUCCACGGACACAUUUCAAGUAGAAUGUACUCGAGUUAAUCUCCCUGUAGGUAAAGGUAGGGUUAGACCUGGCCUGUAUAACACCUUUGAUGAAGAAUGUAAAGCAAGAAGGGGGAUUGUUGUAAUUAAUAAUAAAGAUAAUUUGUGUCUUCCUCGUGCCUUGGUGGUAGCUAUAGCUAAUGUAAAUAAAGACCCAGCAUAUGAUUUAGUUAGAAUGGAUAAAGCAAAAAGACAGACUGUAAGGGCUCAAAAACUUGUACGUCGAGCCAGAGUCGAAUUGCCAGAGGGUGGUGCCGGUAUUGCUGAACUUGAAAAAUUCCAGGACUUGCUUAAAGACUAUAAAAUCACUGUAUACAACUACAAUGCUAAAGGUCGUGAUGUGUACUUUGAGGGAAAUGUAGAGAAACCCAAGUUCAAAAUUAACUUGUUGUUUCAUAACCGGCACUAUAAUGUAAUUACCAGUUUGACAGCCGCGUUUGUUUGCAAUUAUUUCUGUGACGCUUGCCAUAUCCCCUAUGAUCACAAAGGUAAGCACCGCUGCUCAAACAUUUGCUCGCAGUGUCAGACCAUCUCACCCCCUUGUGUAGAGGAGCAUGGGGGAAUCCUGUGUCCUAAAUGUAACAUGACUUACAAAAAUCAACGCUGUUUCAUCGCACAUCAAGCCGAUAGAUGUAAAAAUGUUAAGAAAUGUUUAGAUUGUGAAAAACUAGUCUGGCUUAAAGAGAGGUCCAAACAUCACAAGUGCGGAGAAGAAUUUUGCAAUCCUUGUAGAGCAUUUAAAGAUCCAAACCAUAAAUGUUAUAUGAAUCACAACGAGGGCAAACCUAAAUCUAAAGACUACGUUUUUAUUUUCUUUGAUUUGGAAACCCGCCAGGACGAGUUCUUGCCCUCUAACCCUGAAAGUAAAGUACAUAAAGUUAACCUGUGUGUCUCUCAACAAUUUUGUUACCAGUGUAUUGAGGGAAAAUUCUGUAUAGCGUGUAAAAACCGUACACGAGUGUUUGAUUCCGACCCUAUCAACCAGUUUAUGAACUAUGUAAUGUAUGUGAGAAAGCAGUUUAAAAACGUUUGUGUAAUUGCACAUAAUGGGCAGGGUUUUGACUUUCAAUUCUUGCUAAAGUACUUGUUGGAAGAAACAAAAUUCACACCGGAACUUGUGAUGCGGGGAACCAAAAUUAUCUUAAUGAAAAUUGACAAUGUGAGGUUUGUGGACUCGUUAAGUUACUUCCCCAUGGCUCUGUCUGCUCUGCCUAAAGCCUUUGACCUACCUCCAGAGAAAAAGAAAGGCUACUUUCCUCAUCUCUUCAACACAUUAGCAAACCAAAACUACGUGGGUCCUAUGCCAGCCAAAGAGUACUAUUGUCCCGAAUCCAUGUUUGAAAAAUCGCACAAUGACUUUGACAAAUGGUACAGUGAGCAGGUUGCAAACAAGUAUGAAUUUAAUUUUAAAAAGGAGUUGUUGGAAUACUGUAUGUCAGAUGUUGAUAUCUUGGCUCAAGCCUGUCUAAAGUUCCGCUCAAUCUUCCUAAAAGAGUGCAAUGUUGACCCGUUUCUCGAGGCUGUUACCAUCGCGAGUGCCUGUAAUCUAGCCUUCAGACGAAACUUCCUAAAACCCAACACUAUCGGCAUCAUCCCUAAGAACGGCUAUCGAUUAGUAGACAAUCAAUCGGCAAUUGCGCUACAGUGGCUUUCUUGGGUCGAGGAAACCAACGGGAUUAGGAUCGAUCAUGCCGGACGAGGCAAAGAAGUCAAAGUUAAUGGGAUGAAAGUAGAUGGGUUUGAUGGUAGAAACAUCUACGAAUUUCAAGGGUGUUACUGGCACGGGUGCCCUAAAUGUUUUCCUUACGACCGUUACGCCCCUUUGAAGGAGGAUCCCUCCGAUAGCCUACAUCUUCGCUACGAGCGAACUAAAGCCAAAAACGCAAAGUUUACUGAACACGCAUUGGUAGAGAUGUGGGAAUGCGAAUUCCGUAAGCUUAAAAAGGAUCAAAAGCUCAAUCAUCUGGACAGUCUGCCCAUCUUGAACAAUCUCCCACUAGACCCACGACAGUCUUUCUUUGGAGGUAGGACUGGCAACGCGAAAUCCUAUCACAAAUGCGCCGAGGGGGAAACUAUUCAAUACGUCGACGUUUGCUCCCUGUACCCGUACGUUUGUAAGUAUGGGAAGUACCCUGUAGGCCACCCAACUAUCUAUGUAGGAGACAAGGAGUGUCGUGAGAGAGGUAUGGAAGUAGAUGGGUUGUUAAAAUGUAAAGUCCUGCCACCAUGCGAUCUCUAUCACCCGGUACUCCCCGCAAAAAUGAACGAUAAAUUGAUGUUUGUUUUGUGUAGGACUUGUGGGGAGAUGAUGUAUCAGGGAGAGUGUAACCAUGAUAGCGAUAAUAGGGCACUUGUUGGGACUUGGACUAUGGAUGAGAUCAGGAAGGCGGUAGAGAAAGGGUACAUUGUACUGAACAUGUAUGAGUUAUGGGAGUACCAGGUAGCGACUUAUGAAAACGGGGGCUUGUUCACUGACUUUAUCAAUAAAUUCUUAAAGAUGAAACAGGAAGCUUCGGGCUAUCCAGAGUGGUGCAAGACUGAGAAGGACAAAAACAAGUAUAUUACAGAUUAUUUAGGACAUGAGGGAAUAAAGCUAGAGAAAGACAAAAUUGUUAAGAACGGGGGUUUGAGGUCUUUGGCAAAAUUAAUGCUAAACAGUUUCUGGGGAAAAUUCGGACAGAGGGAGAACCAGACUAAAGCCACAAUCGUUAGGGACUCCAAAAUACUUUUCCAAAUGUUCUCAUCCCCUGAAAUAGAUAUAAAUAGGCUCCAGACCGUUAAUGACGAGGUUGUGGUUGUUUCCUGGGAGUAUCUAGAUGAGGUAGGAGAGCCUCUAAGCAACGUAAACGUUUGUAUCGCGGCGUACACCACUGCACAGGCGAGACUCAAGCUCUAUGAUCAUCUUGAGGCCCUAGGAGUUCAAGUAUUAUAUUAUGACACAGACAGUGUCAUUUUUUACUACCGCCAAGGCUUAUACAGAGUUCCUACGGGAGAUUACCUCGGCGAAAUGACUGACGAAUUGGCAGAUUACGGACCCGGCUCUUAUAUUACUGAACUUGUCUCUGGGGGGCCUAAAACUUACGCGUACCUUGUCUGGUCAACCAAUCAACAGAAAUUGAUCCCAGUCUGUAAAAUCAAGGGCCUCACCCUAAACUUUAAAACAUCAAGAGUUGUAAACUUUGAAAAACUGAGAGAAAUGAUCCUAAGUGAAGUAAAACAGUCAAUUGAAAUUGAAGAAAACAGAAUCAGAAGAACUAGAGAUAGAGACAUCGUUACCAUCACUGAGAGCAAAGUGUUUAAAAUCACGGGGCCUAAGAGAAGGUAUGAAGGAGAGUACGACACUCUACCUUUUGGAUAUAGAAAAGUCCAAAGAGACAUUUAA